ACAUCCUCCCAAUGCAUGUACUAGCCUCGAGUCUGUUUCCUCUCCUGGUAGCUAUAGCCCUGCCCACUCAAGAGACUGGUUGGGGGCUAACUUAGUUUGCUAAGGUUCGGAGGGUGCUGAGUGAGUAGCUGCUGGGAUAAUCACUCUAGACCGGCAUGUUUAGAAGCCCAUUGAAAAGCGCUUUCAGGUCUGGAAUAAAUUUAAGGGCACUGGCGGUUUUCUUUCCAGGGUUAACAAAUAUAUAGAAAUGCUGCAACCAUCUGUCAGGGUUUGGAUUUUGCUGCUUAAAUGGGUUGACCCUUUUCCUCCAACGAACAUCACAGUGCUGCUGUCUUUGCAUUUUAUUUUUGUGGUGUUUGGGAUGGAGCCAUGGCCUCUUAUAAGUCUUUAGAAAUAGUACCAAGUCUUGCCUCUUUGACUGAACACACACCAGCAGUUUUUGUUAUAUGUAUUUUAUGUUUAAUAUAGAAAUUCCCAAGCGUUGACUUGAACUUUUAAUUCAUUGAGUAGUGAAAUGUCGGUGAUGUACAUUUUAUAUUAAACUUUGGUUUUAAAAAAUACAAUUUACCUUCGACAUUUUUAAUAUAAUGUAAGCAUGAUGAGUUCUUGGGAGAACAACAGUAUUUUUUUUCCCUAAAAAACCAUAUGAAGAUAAUUACCUCCAGUAAUUUUUUUUAAUUAGAAUGGAUACCUAGUAUGUUAAUGUGAACUAUCUUGUGGCUAGUACUUCAAUAUUCCGGUACAGUGAGCACCCAUAGACAGCUGAAUUUCAGCAGUCCUAUUUCCCAAGACGGAGAGGACUUGGCGCCAGAGCCUGGCUCCAGCCAGUUUCUUCCCCCGGCAGGUGUAGUCCUAGUGCUCCUUCGGGGGAGGGGAAAAGGGCGGGUGCGGGGUUGAACUGGGACUUGGGACUCGGACCACCGACUGGGCGGGGGCCUAAGGACUAGGGUCCGGCCCGCCCCCGCCGCGCCAUUGGCCGCAUCUAUAAAGAAAAGGGCCAGCGGCUGGGGGACACCCUCAGUGUCACCGGUGAGUUAGACGUAGCCCGGAGAGCAGCGGGAGGUUCGAUCCGGCGCGGACUUGGCGCGUCCCUCUGGGCAUCUCUAGGCUAGCUCCCCAUUCCUGUCUCGAAGUCGGGGGAAGCGGCGUGUCCGGUGGCAGGUAGCGGAGCGCGGGGUCGGUCUGGAGCGCCAUGAGCAGCCCGGAUGCGGGAUACGCCAGUGACGACCAGAGCCAGCCCCGGAGCGCGCUGCCCGCGGUGAUGGCCGGGUUGGGCCCCUGCCCCUGGGCCGAGUCCCUGAGCCCCCUCGGGGACGUAAAGGUGAAAGGCGAAGUGGUGGCGAGUAGCGGGCCGCCAGCCGGGACCUCGAGUCGAGCCAAGACUGAGUCUCGCAUCCGGCGGCCUAUGAACGCCUUUAUGGUGUGGGCCAAAGACGAGCGCAAGCGGCUGGCACAGCAGAACCCGGAUCUGCACAACGCAGAGCUGAGCAAGAUGCUAGGCAAGUCCUGGAAGGCAUUGACGUUGGCGGAGAAGCGGCCCUUCGUGGAGGAGGCCGAGCGGCUGCGCGUGCAGCACAUGCAGGAUCACCCCAACUACAAGUACCGGCCGCGGCGGCGCAAGCAGGUGAAGCGCAUGAAGCGGGUGGAGGGAGGCUUCCUGCACGCUCUGGCCGAGCCUCAGGCGGGCGCGCUGGGCCCCGAGGGCGGUCGCGUGGCCAUGGACGGCCUGGGCCUGCCUUUCCCGGAGCCGGGGUUCGCGGCCGGCCCGCCGCUUCUGCCCCCGCACAUGGGCGCCCACUACCGCGACUGCCAGGGCCUAGGCGCCCCUGCGCUCGACGGCUACACUCUGCCCACUCCGGACACAUCCCCGCUGGAUGGCGUGGAGCAGGACCCGGCCUUCUUCGCUGCCCCGCUGCCGGGAGACUGCCCGGCGGCCAGCGCUUACACUUACGCGCAGGUCUCGGACUACACGGUGCCCGCCGAGCCGCCCGCUGGCCCCAUGCGAGUGGGGCCAGAACCCUCGGGUCCCGCGAUGCCGGGGAUCCUGGCGCCCCCCAGCGCCCUGCACCUGUACUACGGCGCCAUGGGCUCCCCAGCCGCAAGCGCGGGGCGCGGAUUCCACGCGCAGCCCCAGCAGCAGCUGCAACCCCAAGCACCUCCGCCGCCGCCGCCGCAGCACCCGGCGCACGGCCCAGGGCAGCCUUCGCCCCCUCCUGAGGCUCUGCCCUGCCGGGAUGGCACGGACCCCAACCAGACCACCGAGCUCCUAGGGGAGGUGGACCGCACGGAAUUCGAACAGUAUCUGCACUUUGUGUAUAAGCCCGAGAUGGGUCUUCCCUACCAGGGACACGACUGCAGUGUGAACCUCUCGGACAGCCACGGAGCCAUUUCCUCCGUGGUGUCCGACGCUAGCUCGGCUGUCUACUACUGCAACUACCCUGACAUGUGACGGUUGCCCACCCGACCUGCGGGUCAGAAGCAGUGUUACACACUUCCUGGAAGCGCUAAGGAAAUCCUUAGCGUCAAGCUGUUUUGUUUUUAAGUUGCCUUGGCGUAUAAUUUAUGGUAAUUUAUUUUGUCUGCCACUUGAACAGUUGAGGGGCUGUAUGAGAUUUUUUAAAAAAUGUAUCGAGGGACUUGUUCCCCCACACCACUGGUCCAGUUUCAACCAGUUUCUUAGUAUCUCACCAACUUACUACAUUUCUCGAAAGUGUUUUGAUCCAAAGAAAUUUUGUUCUUCGUGUUUUUUUCAAUCUUCAAAAAUGUUUUGAUGCAAAGAAUUUUUGUCCUUACCGUUUCUUUCAAUUUUAAGAAAAUUAAAAUCUAGAACCUUUUUAAAAUCAAUCUAUCACAUUCGUUUUAUAGGAAAUUAAUUUAAAGAUACAGUGGACAUUCUACAAUUAGAAGUGUAUAGCUAAUUGUAAAAUUUUCAUUUUCUUAUAAUGGUACACCUAAAUACUUUCAAUAAACCCUAAAUAUACAGUUGAAAUGUUCAGAUGUGAUAUAAUUGUUCAACUACGAAAAGAUUUCUCACAGAAUGAACUUGCUUUGUACACUCCAAAUGAUAUUGAUUCCUAAAAAUAAUGUUGUAAAUGUUUAUAAUUCUGUUUUUUUUUUUUUUUCAGUCAUGGUCUUGAGACCUGCCUAAAGGGACUUUUCAGAUAUAUAUGUUUGUCUUUUCUUCCAAAAGUCUUGGUCCCUCCUUUCACAAAAUUUGCCUUUAACUCCCACAUUUUUAAGAGUC